AUUUUAAAUUUUUAACGAUUUAUGAAAUCAAAAUAAUUUUAGAACUUUACAUUGAAACAAUUCGUUUUACGAAAACACGUUCGAUUGACUUUGGAAAACAAUCCUAACCGUUUUGGAUUCAAACAAACUUAAUUUUAAUCCUAGCCCAAAUUGGUGAAGCCCAAGAUAGAUAAACCCAUAAGUCUUUCCUCUCAUCUCCUUCAACUUCACGUGGAAAAGGAAAAAAAAAAACCCUCUAACCCACACCAAACAAGAAAAAUCACGUAUUGCUGUUUCACGUGAAAUUUCUCAAACCUCCUCCUUGCUUCAGCUUCCCGGAACCUCUGCGCCGUCACCUUCGGCCGCCUAACCACCGUCGGCGUUCCUCCCUUCUCCGUCGUUCCGGUACUCCUUAUCUCUUCUCCUCCUCUUAUUCUUUCCUUAUCUCUUUCGUUUCUUUUUCCCUCACUCGUUGGUUCUGUUGAUUUGAACCGGUACCUACGCGCCGCUUGCAGCCGCGACCACCACCUCACGGCCUCCCUUGCCGCACCGCGCCGCCCAACUGUUGCAGCCUCCCUAUUCUUCCUGUCACGCACGCAGUCGCAGCCCCUUGCUUGCACAACCACCUCGGCGCGACUACCUUCAACCACCACCAUCAGCAAGCGUCGCCCAACCUCGGCGACCACCUGCACCGUCGUCGCGCAGCCCGCCGUCGGCCAGCUUCCCUCCUCUCUCCUUUGGCGGAGAAUUCUUUGUAGGCGACUUUUGAAUUAUUAAAGUGGUCUUGCAGUUUGUUUACACAAGGAAUAAAAUGUUUCUUUCCAAGUACACCAACAUAGGAUCCUUCGAGAAACUUGAUAUAGAAACCCCAGAUAUUUACGUGAAGAAAAUCAUGUUUGGAUGUGAAUAUUAUGCUAAAGUUCAAGGGCAACCUAUCUUAAUGAGAAAGGAUAUCAUAGCAGCUACUAUCAUUAAUUGCUUACCUAACAAAUUUCCAUACCUAGAACUCAAGGAAAAGUUUAAAGACAUGCAUUCUGAUAAUGGAACUCCAAACCUGGCUAAAUAUGGGACUUGGGAUGGUAGAUGGAAAUAUGAUUCAGAAAUUCUGACCACCAUUAUUGAGGCGGCAGAAAGUGGGUUUAGAGACGGUAAAAUCGUAGGGAGUCAUGUUGGAGAUGCAGUUACAGAAGAACCUAUGGGAGUAAGUGUAAAUAAUGACCUAGAGGAAAAUGAUGUAGCCGUGGAGAGUGAGAAUGUAGGUGUUGAGGCAGAGAAUCCUAACCUAGUGGCUCAUGAGCCAACCAUUGAAAUUUCUAGUGAUUCAGAUGCAGAUCUCGAAAGUGAGCAGCAGGUGGCAAAUGAGCCUAAUCAAGAUGAAGAUAUGGAAGAAGAUGAAGACCCUGAGGAAGAGUUUGAUGAUCUUGAGAUCUAAAUUUCACUCCGCAAGUUUCAGGAGCAAUGGAUAGGCAAGAGGCCACAAAUAUUUUGAAGUCAUAAAUAGUUAAUUUAACUCUUUUAUGUUUUAGAGAAUAAGUAGCGAAGCUACAAUAGUUUAAAGUUAAAGUUUAUUGAAGUUUGAAAUGUUCUUUAUUAUUUUGAAGGAUGUAAUAAAUCUUUAUGGAGUUAGCAAUAAAAGUUAAAGUUUUCAAGGAAUUGUUCUUUAUUCUAUUUUGAGGAUUCCAUAAUACCCCAACCUUUAGGUAACACGUCAUGGAUUAAUUUUCCAUUGGUUGCAUACUCAGUGUGAAUUGUGGAUCAAUUUAAUUGCCACAAUAAUAUUAAAUGAUUUGAGUACAUAAAGGAAGUGAGGGCCAAUCUAGACCCUCAUGACCAAUAUGAUUCAAAAGGUUAUGCCCUAUGUGCAGUGUGUGAAUGUCUUUCGUGAAUUAUCGAGGAUGAUUAUUUUUCAAUGAUUAUUGCAUCUUGUAGACGAUCGUUGCACCUUCAUAAACGAUUGUCGUGCCUUCAUAAAUGAUGUGUAUUAAUGUGAACAUUGUUGGUUGAGGCGAACUUUAUGGUCAAUUCAAGUAUUAAAUUGUAUGGGAUAACGUAUAGGUGAUGUUUCAAACCUAAAGUAGA